CCACAACCAAACAGCUUUUCGACUCUUGUUUUUCUCUUUUUCUUUUUGCAGUCUGAAAUUUUUAAUACCUGCAGGUUCGUAAUAGACAUGACUUUAAAAAAUGGACUAAUCACACCCAUAGGCCGUAAGUUUAGGUUAAUUUCUGUGAUUAAUCAGCACAAAAAGUUUCCAAGACUAUAAAAUAACUAGAGAUGACUCAUGCAUAGUGAACUUGAUUCUUUUGUUCUCUCUUUUGCCUCUGGCUUGAAAUUUUUGGUUUUGCCUUUGUAUCUAAUUUAAAGAUGAUGAAUGGUAUCGAAUUUGUCCUUCUUGUCUUCAGCAUGUUCCUUAUUGGACAUAGUAUUAAGACACUUGAAUUUACCAUUGCUUCCAGUGGCCAUGGUAGGAGAAAAGCUGCAGUAGCACAAGCACCUGCUCCAUCAAAGGGACAGAACCAAUUAGUUUUUGCUGAUCAAAGACUUGCUGUUGUGUACCCCAUCAUCCAGAAAUUCAAGAAUAUCAUCACUUCUGACCCUUUAGGUGUCACAAAAUCUUGGGUUGGUCCAAACAUAUGCAAUUAUACUGGUUUCUACUGUGAUACUCCCCCAGACGACAAAUCUGCAAUUGCUGUUGCUUCCAUUGAUUUCAAUGGUUUCCAACUAAGCGCCCCGAAUCUCGACGGAUUCCUUGAUCAGCUCCCUGACAUAGCACUCUUUCAUGCCAAUUCCAACAACUUUAGUGGUACUCUUUCUGCAAAUAUUGCCAAUCUUCCAUAUCUGUAUGAACUUGACAUCAGUAACAACCAAUUCUCUGGACCAUUUCCACCAGCCAUAUUGGGCAUGAAUAGCCUGUCUUUCUUGGACAUAAGAUUCAACUCUUUCACUGGAUCAGUGCCACCUCAGUUAUUCACAAAGGACCAGCUUGAUGCACUCUUCAUCAACAACAACAAUUUCAUGCAGAAAUUUCCUGAUAACUUAGGCAGCAGCAGCCAUGUUCUUUAUCUUACCUUAGCCAACAACAGAUUCUUCGGUCCAAUCCCGCGUAGUAUUUCCAAAAUCCUUGCGAGUUUGAGUGAAAUUUUGCUACUUAACAACUUGUUAAGUGGAUGUCUUCCAUAUGAACUUGGACUCUUGAAUGAAGCAGUUGUCUUUGAUGCCGGAAACAAUAGGCUUACAGGUCCACUUCCAUUCUCAUUAGGGUGCUUGGAGAAUAUGGAGGUCUUGAACUUUGCAGGAAAUCAGUUGUAUGGGAUGGUACCAGAGGUGAUCUGUUCACUGGGGAAUUUGGCCAAUUUGUCAUUGUCUCAUAACUUUUUUAUAGGAGUCGGGCCGAUUUGCCUAAGUUUGAUCAAGGAAGGCGUAGUUGAUGUGAGGAAAAACUGCAUUCCUGGAUUGCCAUCUCAAAGAUCCACUGCUGAAUGUGUAGCAUUUUUUGCUCAGCCAAGGUACUGUCCCUACAUGGAGACAUAUUCUUAUAUUCCCUGUUUCCUUCCCAGCUUCAAAUCUUCUCAUGAUCAUAAACAUCCAUAAUCACAAUCUCGGGUUGGAGCCUGGAAAUGAAGAACUUCUUGGUAAUAAGCCUUUAUCCCUUGAGACUACUCGGCGUAAAUCUGGAUUAUUCGGCCAGUAUUGUGCUUCGGAUACCAGAUGGUUAAACUGAGAAAAAUCAUAAACUUCGUCUUUUUAUUCGUAAACUUGUAAUUAUAUUUAGCAAGUAUGCACAACUAAAUAUGUGUACGUUCACCAGUAAUAAUGCAAUGACAUCUCUGAAGUUUUUCUA